AUGGCUUUUCUUCCUCUGACCCUGGACGACUACUAUAUAUCUACUCCUGUUCCGUUCCCAGCUCAGGUUUCAUCCGCAGCCCGGCUUUACCACAUCCCCGAAACUGCUAAGACCCGUGGAAUCCCAGACUUUGGGUGCGAGAAAAUGGAUGAGCUGGUUUUCGACCCCCGAGUUGACCAUACCUUAGGAGUUACCAAUCAAUUUGGCGGGAAAGUCAGACCCGACCCGAAGGCAGAUCGAGGGAAAAGAGGGGAGUUCUCGGUCUCAUACAAAAUACCAAAGCGGUGGAAUCCCAAGAAAGCGGGGGUAGCACUAAACAGGAUCUCCGUUUUGAGCCUUCUUUCUCUGCGGCCGGGGGAAACCUUCCCGCACGGUCCAGAAGAUAGAACUGAAGCAUCAUGGGAAUUCGAGGAGGCUGAAAAGGCAUCAAAGAGAGUCCAGUUGCGACUGAAAGGAGAGGAGCAGAUCAGCAGGGGCGGAUGUGGCUCUACUUCGCCUGGACAUUGA